AUGGCGGUCAAGCGCAUUUUGCGAUACUUUCAAGUGACUAAGUCGCACGGCAUCUGUUUCAAGUCUGAUGACAAGAUAGACUUCUGCGGCUACUCGGAUGCAGACUGGGCCGGCGACCAUGCAGACCGCAAGUCGACUUCGGGAUAUGCGUUCAUCCUGAUGGAAGGCAAGUGGGUGCAGUUGCUGUGCGAGAUUCUGGAUGCCGCAGAGUACAAGUCUGGACCCGAGCUCAAGAUCAUGGAAGAUAACCAAUCGUGCAUCAAGAUGACGAACAAUCCUGUGAACCAUGGUCGGGCCAAGCACAUCGACAUCAAGUACCAUCACAUUCGUGAUGAAGUCAAGCGUGGUGAUGUCACUUUAAAUUACUGUGAGACUACGAUUAUGUUGGCGGACAUCAUGACCAAGGGACUGCCAGGACCGCGUCACAAGGACUUGACGGCAGCGCUCGGCAUACACGCGUGUUUGCAUUGA